CCGGGCGGGCGGCGCUAGGACCCUGCGUUGGUCCCCGGUUCCGGGCCAGGCGGCAGCAGCGGCGGCAUCACCGGUAUCGGCAUCACCGGUAUCGGCACCGGUAGAGCAGCAGCAUCGCGGCGCACUGCGGAGCGGAGCGGUCGGUGGAUACGGCGCGUCCCCUCCGGGCCCGUUUAGCCGGUGCAGCGGCGGAACGGCUCCGAGCCGCGAUGUGACCCCGGGGCCGCUGUGGAACCGGACCCCCCCCCCCCCCCGCAACAUCCCGCAUCCCCUGCGGGGCCCGAGGAGGAGAUGACGCCCCCCCCGCGCCGUGCGCUGCCCGCCGCAGAUGAGACCCCCCGACCAGGUGCUCGCGGGACACCGGCGAUCGCAGUGCACUGAAGCGGGCACAAAGACAUGAGUGGCAGCACGAGCCAGCGCGCCGCCGCCCUGGGGGUCCUCUUUGCCCUGAUCAUGUUGCUGAUCAUCUACAGCUCCGGCAAUGGGAGCGAGGUGUUCCCCUACAGCCGCCUGCGGGGCAGAGCCCGCCGGCCCCCCGACCUCAAGAAGUGGGGGGUGAAAAGCGGGUACCUGCCCGUCUGCGGGAACAAGACCCUCACUGCCCGCUGCCACCAGUGCGUCAUCGUCACCAGCUCCAGCCACCUCCUGGGUACCCGCCUGGGCACAGCCAUCGAUGGAGCCGAAUGCACCAUCCGCAUGAACGAUGCUCCCACCACCGGCUACGAGGUUGACGUAGGCAACAAGACCAGCUUCCGCGUGGUGGCCCACUCCAGCCUCUACCGCGUCCUCAAGCGGCCCCAGGAGUUCGUCAACAAGACCCCAGAGACCAUCUUCAUCUUUUGGGGGCCUCCUGCCAAGAUGCAGAAGAGCCUCCUGAAAAUCAUCCAGCGUGUCAGCGCCUCCUUCCCCAACAUGACAGCCUACGUGGUCUCCCCCAGCCGCAUGAAGCAGUUUGAUGACCUGUUUCGGGGGGAGACGGGGAAGGACAGGGAGAAGUCGCGGUCGUGGCUGAGCACGGGCUGGUUCACCAUGGUGAUCGCGGUGGAGCUCUGCGAUGCUGUCCAUGUCUAUGGCAUGGUGCCACCCAACUACUGCGGCCGCCGGCCCCCGCCACGCCGCCUGCCCUACCACUACUAUGAGCCGAAGGGCCCCGAUGAGUGCACGACCUACAUCCACAACGAGCGGAGCCGCAAGGGCAACCACCACCGCUUCAUCACUGAGAAAAGGGUCUUCUCCAGCUGGGCCGGCCUCUACAACAUCACCUUCUCCCACCCCACGUGGCCCUAGGGGAUGCCCCUGGAGCUGGGAUGGAUGGGGGUUCGCCUGCAUUCCGCUGGGAGCAGUUGGAGCCAGGCAUCGGGUGCCUCGUAUGGGACCAUUGCCAUUGUGCACGGUGGCUCCUCGCACUGGGAUGUGUUGGGUUUUGAGCUGGUUUUUGGGGUGAGUGCGGGGUUUGGGGUGUUGCUCCCCCCUCUGUGGAUAUGGGGGUGAGAUCCUGCCCAGUCCUGGUCCCAUUGCAGCCCCUGUGAGUGCACCGGGGGGGCCAGAUCCCUUUGGCUCAGUUUGGGUUUGCGUCACUUUUGGGGCCACCACGAAGACUGUUUCAAGGGGGAUGGGACCCUCUUGAGGCUCAGUCCCCCUCUGCCAUCCCCGUCACCCCAAUCCUGUUCCACCACCAUCCUUCCCUCAGCAGCACCCCGCAGUUUUCAGUGGGACCCUGUGGGACACUGCCACCAUGGGUGCCCCAGCACCCCAAAGCCACCCCUCAGCACUGCUGCACCCCACACUGCCAAAACCUUUUCUAACAGAGCAAUGGGAUUUUGGGGGGGACUUUUGGGGGACUUUUGUUUUGUUCCUCCCCACUUCUGGUCCCAAGGUUUGUAUUUGGGGUUCCUGGCCAAAGGAACAAGCAGGAGCUCGGGGUCCUCAUUGUUUAAUAACUACUUGUGAACUCUUUGGAAGCAGGCACAUAGUGGGGCCUCCGGUGCCCUCAGCACCCUGCGGCCAGAGGAGGGGUUUGUUAUUCAUUUCCCAGCAAUGGAGAAUUGGAUUUGGGGAAAACAGCUCAAUACAGCGUGUCUGGGUGCUGGGCCCUGCUGUGGCUCCGUGCCUCAGUUUCCCCCUGGCUUUGCCCCAUCCCCGCUGGGGCUUUGGAGGACUCAGUGCCAGGGGAAGCCGUGGGGCACCCGUGUUUUGUAAUGGUUUGUACAGGAAUAAAUAUUGCUGCAGUCUGUUGCCUUGG